CACACACACACACAGCUGAUCGAGAAGAAGAAGAAGCAGAGGAGUCACCUCGGAUCAACCCAGCUGCAGCAGCGGCCUCCAUUUUAACUCCGACACCGAGCCGUACCUCACGUGUCCUGGGCUGUCUCUCUCACAUGACCCGAGUGUUUGUUCCCGUGAUCAGCAACUUCCAUCUCCGUCUGUGACACGCCGAAUAUCACUUUUUUUUUUUUUCUAUCCCUAACACUGAUGGAUAUGCUCGAACAGAGUCUGGACAACGCAAGCCAAGAAAAACAAGAAGAAGAAGUUGUCCAAACAUCUGAAGACGGAACAGGAGACGAGCAGACAGCUGUUACGAUAGCCAGCGUUCAGCAGGCUUCAGCAUUCGGUGACCAUAACAUCCAGUAUCAGUUUCGCACUGAAGGUGGUCAGGUGACGUAUCGCGUCGUUCAGGUGACGGACCAGCACCUUGAGGGAAGAGAUGAUGGGGGAGGAGCAGUGAGCGUCGUCUCCACAGCCGCCUUCACUGGGGCUCCUCAGGCCGUGGCUCAGGCUGUGAUCCAAAACCCUUUCAGUAAUGGAGGAAGCCCGGCAGGCGAGGCGGUGGGAGGGGAGACGCGUUUCGCUUACUUUCCCGCAACCGCGGUGAGCGACGGGACCGUGUCUGUGCAGGCCGCCACGGACCCCACGCUCUCACAGGCAGGGGGUCAGUUUUACGUGAUGAUGACUCCCCCUGAUGUCAUUCAGACAGGCACACAACGAACCAUCGCCCCACGCACACAACCCUACCCUGCAGAUGAAAACGAGCUGCUGCAGCAUGACGGUUUAAACUGGAAAAUGGAUGGACCGCGGACACCAAGAGAUGAAAGGAGAAGAGCGCAACAUAAUGAAGUCGAGAGGCGGCGAAGAGACAAGAUCAACAACUGGAUAGUCACGCUUUCCAAGAUCAUCCCUGACUGCAGCAUGGACAGCACCAAGACUGGAGCAAGCAAAGGAGGCAUCCUGUCCAAAGCCUGUGACUACAUCCGAGAGCUCAGGCAAAGCAACCAGCGACUGCAGGAGAGUUUGAAAGAAGUGGAGAGGAUACAAGUGGACAAUGAAUUGUGCAGGCAGCAGAUCGAAGAGCUGAAGAACGAGAACGCUUUGCUCCGAGCGCAACUCCAGCAGCACGGCAUCGAGAUGGUUGGAGAGACGCCACCGCAGUGAAGCAGAGACAAAAAAAAAUAAAUAAAAAAAAGAACAGGGAGGGAGAGGAUGCACCAGAAAUCAGACACACAACCGAACAGGGUGGAAAAGGCGGCGAGGAGAUGAAAUAAUAAAGGACUUGUGAAGAAUCACUUUUUUUUUUAAAGUGAAUGCAUCCUCUCCUGGGUUCCCAGGUCGCGAUCCCUUCACUGGCCAAUUGUGGCUGCACUUGACUGUUCCAAUCCUAUUGAGAUAACCAUCUGUUUCAGCUCAGUAGAAAUGUGCUGCAAGGAAAAGAUGCCCACUCACCACUCACCACCACCACCAGAGUGCUUUACUGGCACUCGCUAUGAAAGAGAAGCUCUUCUGAACUCCUCCCUUUGUUUUGUAUUUAUGUAGCCUCACUCAUGGACUAUGAUGUUUGUCAUUUACUUUUGUUCCCCCAUCAGUGUAUUUUCCCACAAAUUAUUAUUAAUUUUGACUUAGUUAAUGCUUUUAUUCUGUUUGUGUCUCUGACUUCUGUAUUCAUGUUGUUUUUAGCUGCUUUAAUUUAUUAGUCCGCUCGCUGACAGAAGCCUUGACGGAGACCAGUUACAUUGAAGCUCAUGCACCCCCCAGAGAAGCCGAGCGAAUUUCAAAUGAGAAAACAUCAAAGUGUUGCAAAAACACUUGCGAUUCUACAGACGGAAAUAAUUUGACGCACACAGUUUCUUACCUAAGACCCAAAGACAAACGAGGUGGGAGCGGUGCUGGCCUGUGCUUCUGGGGCUGAUUUAUGUAAAUAUGACUUAUCAUGUUUUAGUACAGACGUUACAGAAUGUUAGAGCAGAUUAUCUCUGGGAGUAAACAAUCAAUAACUCAUUAACUUUAUGCUGGCCCUUUUUGUCAUGAUGUGUGCAAUCUUGGAGCUUGAUUAGGAAAAAAAAAAAAAAGUGGUAUACUUGAAUCGUUGGGCGUUUGCUUAACCAGAAAAAUAACUCGACAAAAUCACCUGUGAAGAACCAACUGGUUAAAUGUUAUUUAAUUACAAAUUGGAAUGUUCAAGUGUGGAUUUACUCAAACUCAGCCUCCUCGAUUGUGAAGUGGAGAGGAGAGUGGCACAAAUUCCAACUCUUGGAUAGGUAGUGUGGGUUUUCAUCUUUUGUUCAAGUGUGAUUUACCGGCGUCUCACUACGUGAAAGAAUAAUCCCCACGUUUCCUAUCAAGCUGUUUGCUCUAUUUUGGUAUUGCAACACAGUUGGAGCUCAAUGCACACAGAGGGGAAGACACCCCGGAGAGCGGUACUCAAAGACUCUCUGCUCACUAUGGAAGGAGUACACAGGAAUUCAGAAAACUCGUUCUCCAUUAAAAGACAGAGCAGUCGCAAAGUGGGGAAACUUGGAAAUGAUCUCUCAUAUUUCUCCACCCACUCAGGCGAACAAUAAGUAAACUGAAAUUGGUUGUACCAACAGCAAAAGCCAAUAUUAACAUUGUAGAUUAUUUUGUGAAUGAAUAUACAUGAUGUGUUUUUUUUUUUUUUUGUCCCGCUUUGGGCGAUGUGAGUGAAAGUGGAAGAGAGAUAUCAAGCUUCGCAGCCACUUAUUAGAGCACGAUUGCUUCUCCCUGUGUCAACAGCUCAGGAUCCAGCAAAGCAAAACCAACACUCAGACCCCUGGCAAAAUCAGGCAGACUAUCAUAUUUUAAUAUCUCAGACUGUGCAAGUUAACAGCUUGUGCUUUGGAAGUGCUGUUCUGCUACUACUGCUAGAUUCAAACCUGAUAGUGCAAGUGUCUGAUCUAUCAAACGAGGCUCCAAGCCAGAGUUGAAUGAUAGAUGUUUUGCAUUAGAUUUUUUUUUUUUUUUUUUUUUUUACACCUCAGUGAGAGGAGAGCAGAAAAUGUGAAUGUGAAGACAUGAAUAAUGCUUUGGAAGAUGGAUGUUCACAAAUGAAAGGUCACUCAUGGCUAAUUUUUUUUUUCCCCUCACGUUUCUUUUUUGAAAUGGCAAAAGGAAGAAAAAAAAAGAGACUCCUUUUCUCUCUGUAGCAGCCUCACUGUUCUCAGGUUAGAUUGUAUGACAUCUUUUCUAAAUAAAAUGGUGAAAAAAAAUAAAACUUUCACUAGUUCAUAA